AUGGCGACCCGUGACCGUCACUGCGAGAUGCAGGCGCUUACCGGCCCGGUGGGUGCAAGCGGCAUACGUUGGCUUUGCCCCUGGUCCACUGGUUGCAUCGCGAGGGCAAACUCAGUCAAGGCCUGGCUUCCGCCCGGGCACAGUUUUCCAUGGGCCGUGCAAACGACGAGUGCUCGGAAAAGGUCGGGGGUAGCUGGUGCGAUGGCUCUAACUACUUCAGUCUGCGGUUGCGGAGGUAUGGGGCAGGUCGCCAGCAACAUUUGCGGUGGUGACGGCCGCCCCGUCAUCAAGAAUGACGUGACGCUAUCUGUAAAAACGGUACCUACCGAGCCAAUUGCUGGGCAGGCACCUGGAACCAGUGGCCUGCGGAAGAAGACGAAGGUUUUCAUGGAGGGCAACUACCUUGCCAACUAUGUGCAAAGCGUUUUUAACACCCUCAUUGAGGAGAAUGUGCCGGUGCAAGGCGGGACCUUGGUGGUCUCCGGAGAUGGGCGCUACUGGAACCCCGAAGCUAUUCAGAUCAUCAUCAAGACGCUUGCAUGA